AUGAGUACGUCAGCUGCUCCGGAUCUCACAGAAGUCCCGGCUAGCGACCUGUACGAUCCUGAUGAGGUGUUACCAAAGGACAGCCCGCUUCUGGAGCCAUAUUAUCCCAAGACACGACCGACGCCGAGCCCAACGCCCACCGUCUGCUCUUCUGUCAGUCCUCCCCCUAGUCCUGGUAACAAGAGGUCUAGUCGUCGGGGGAAGACGGAAGGGUUCAGCCACGGCGAGGUACUCCUGAUAAGCCAUCUAGAUGGACACAGGCGCGACAAGGCAGCCUACGCCGAAAUCGAGUCGUUAGCAUCCGGGCCCGAAGAGCACGCCGAUUUCCAAGACUAUUCCGACUGCGGUGACUCCCCAGGCGAGAAUCUGUCGGGCGCGGGAAAGGAUCCUGACGGGCUGAGUGUGACGCGCGAAGAAGCGUCAGGGAUCCCGAAAAUGUCUCAGGGGUCCGCAGACCAGGACAACAUGGGCGCUUUCGACCUGAAGUCUCUGGCAGCCGGCGCGUUGGCAGCAGUUGCGGACCCUCAGCCCGUCGAUGCCGGUCCAACCCCACCAGUCACCGAAAAUGACGUGGUGGGAGAGAGACCUCAAGCAGCACCCUUGCAUAGUCCGAUGGCAAUAGCAACGACGCGAGCAGAGACUUCGAGAGACGAACGCGCCGUCCCGGCGGCAAUGCCGUCUCCUUACAGUCCCCACAGCUUUUACUCACCACGCGAACAUGGUGCCACACCGCAGUCCCUCAAAUUGGAUCCUAAGUCGCCCACCGUUAACAUACCUCCCAGCGAGGGAUUACCACCUAUCCAGCUCAACUCGCCCAGAUUUGAGACCAACGGGCAAACGCUCCCGUCCAUCAGAGCGCAACUGGGCGAUCUUCAUCAACUCGCCAACAACCAUGCUGCGGAAAACGAGAGGAUGAGACACUCCAGCUUCCCCGGUUCUCCACCAGGUACUGUUCCUCGCCUGCCGUCCUUGCAUCACACGUCCCCUUCCAUGCUACCGGCCGAAGUGUAUCGAGAUCCUAUUUCUCCGAGCCAUCGGCUAGCCAGUCCCGGCUACUAUUACUCUCCCACAAAUGGCGUGCCUAUACACCCCGAGUAUGCCAGGAGCUCCGCAGAAUCCUCAAGUCCCGAUCAAGUGAUUUCUACACCGACGGCGCCAAUCACUGACCGGAUGAGUAUCGAGGGGAUCACCAAUCCACAGGGGAUAUAUGUAUGCAAGGUCCCUGGUUGCACGGCACUGCCCUUUCAAACGCAAUAUCUGCUCAAUUCUCACGCAAACGUGCACUCGUCUGCACGGCCACACUACUGUCCGAUCAAAGGGUGUCCUCGAGGCGAGGGUGGAAAAGGCUUCAAGCGGAAAAAUGAAAUGAUUCGACAUGGUCUUGUACAUGAUUCUCCAGGCUAUGUCUGCCCAUUCUGUCCAGACCGGGAGCACAAGUAUCCCCGUCCAGAUAACCUCCAAAGGCAUGUCCGUGUACACCACGUGGACAAGGAUAAGGACGACCCCCUCUUACGUGAAGUUCUCGCCCAAAGACCUGACGGCCCCAAUCGUGGCCGAAGGAGACGAGGCGGCCCGAGUUGA